UUUUUCAGUGAUUUUAUUCGAGAAGAAAGACUUGAAGAAGCUGAGAAAUAUGGCUGAAAAUCAAUCAAACUCAAGCACAGGCAUGUCUUCUAAUGUGACACACAAACGCAGGUGUCCUUGGGAAGCGGAAAGUUUGAAUAAUCCAGCUAAAAUUCAUGACAGCUCAUCAGAGCACAGAAGGAGAGGAAACGCAAAUGAAUUAAAUGUGACAAGUUCUAAACCCUGUAUACAUCUAUACAAAGGCAAAAUAGAUGAAUUCCAUAUUAACAAUCUUCCAGAAAAUCUAUUGCUCUGUAUAUUCAAAAAGCUUCCAUUAUAUGAUCUGUUACAUAGAAUGGCACUCGUUUGUCAGUAUUGGAAUAAACUAAGCAAGGACCAAGAUCUUUGGAGGAAUAUUGAUCUGAGAACUCAUAUGAAAGUGAAUGAUGUUAUUUUAUUGAAACUAUUAUCGUAUAGUGAUAAUGUGACAUCACUUAAUAUAACAGAUGUACGCUUAGUUACCACGAUAGGAUUCCAAGCUUCACUGAACCAAUGCACCAGGUUAAAAUGCCUUGUUGCCAACAGGUAAAGUAAAUAUGCAAAAUUAUAAUUUCUUAAUUGUGUGCUCAGAAUGUGACACCUAUUUUUCUUAACUCAUCAUAGGAUUUUAACUCAGGAGACAGAAUCAUAACAUCAUGGAUAGGCAGUCAUGUUUCUUAGUACAAAUACAGGCACUAAAAGUGUGUAAAUGAACAACUGUUGAACAUCAUUAAAUAUGAAAAUUGUCAAAAAAUCAGACUAUCCAAGUCUAAAGGAAAAAU